AUGGGUCCGGCGCGGAGGCGGGAUCGGGAUGUGGCCGAGAGCCCCGAGGAGGGGCUGUGGCACUAUUUGGUGACGGAUCCGGCCGGCAUCCGCGCCCGCAAGGAGCCCUCCUACGGCAGCGCCAAGGACGGCGCGCGGGUUCCGGGGGGCGCGGUGCUGCGGGUGCGGAAGCGCCGGAGGUGCGGCUGGACGCGAUGGCUCUGCCUGGAGGGCGAGUGGAUCUUCGACAUCUCCCCCAAGGACCGGAAGGUUCGUGCGGUGGAGGUGGAGGUACAGACGGGGCACUGGAGGUUCGAGGUCUGCGUGCCGCACCUGGAGCUGCUCGCCUCGCCGGUGGGGAAGGCCACGGGCGCCUUUGGCUUGGGCGACUGCUUCUACGCCGAGGAGAAGGUGCGGCCGGUGGUGGGGAAAGGCGCCUUUCUGAAGGUGGUGGGCGAAUUCGCCUGGGCCGGCCCCGCCGAAGUUGGGGGUCGCUGGGAUGUCGCCGGGAUCUCGCUGGGAUGUCGCACGCCCAAGUUGGGAAUUCCCGUGACCGGCGCCUUCGUGCUCCUGGCAUUUGCGCUCUCAACCGCUAUCCCCAAGCGACGCUCACGCGCGCUUCGCGCGCCGAAGCGCUUUUGGCCCAUGGCUGUGGACUUUCUGGCGAUGGAGGAGCGCAGAGAACCUGCGCUGGGCUGGUCCGGGCGCCUGGAUUCCUGGAUCAGGCGCGUUCCCUGGCUUGAGAAGUUCCACCUGGCGGGCACCGUGGUUGCGAGGCACGACACGUCUGCGGACUUUGCCGCCUAUGUUCGCGCCUUGGCAUUGACCAGCGCACUGCCGCAGCAGGGAGACAUGGGCCGCGCAGCGCACUUCGACGAGCUGGCGAAGUUCGACGAGCUGCUCAGCUUGUGGGCGUGGUCCAUCUGA